CUUCACCUGAGCUAACCCCCGUCUCUGGACACGCCCUGAGUCCAUGGAGAAGUUUCACUUUCAUAUCAGAUUGAAUAACACGGAUUGCUCACCUGACGGAGAAACUACAGACGUCUUCGCUACCAUUUCUGUGCCGGAGAACAACAACAUGGAUUACCCUUUGUUCAACCAGUCAGAUUACGAUUACAAUUACACAGAUUACGACUACGAAGAGGUAGCACCUUGUACUUACCAGAACCACCACAGUGUGCAGCUGUUUGUGGGUCGGUACGUUCACUCCAUCAUCUGCAUCCUGGGCUUUCUGGGGAACAGUCUGGUGAUCGUUAACUACGCCUUCUACAAGAGGACUAAAUCCGUGACAGACGUCUAUCUGCUCAACGUCGCCAUCGCUGACCUGCUGUUUGUGGUGUCGCUGCCUCUCAUCAUGUACAACGAGAUAUGGUCAUGGUCAAUGGGGCCGAUAGCCUGCAAUCUGCUGAGCGGCUCUUACAGUGUGAACCUUCACAGCGGCAUGUUGCUGCUCGCCUGCAUCAGCAUCGACCGCUACCUCGCCAUCGUCCAGGCUCGCCGCAGCUUCAGGCUGCGCACGCUGCCCCACAGCCGCCUCAUCUGCGUCAUCGUUUGGAUCUUUGCUUUUCUUCUGUCCGUCCCAACUUUCUACUUUUACAACUGGUACGACCCGACCCCCGAGUCCUUCAUGUUUGAGGAACACGAGAGGAAUCUGACCACCAGAUCUCCACAGUUUGUCUGUGAGUUCGGGUUCAUGAAUGAAAGCCUGGCCUGGACGACCAAUGUAGCCGUCGUCAGCACCCAGCUGGCCCUGGGCUUCUUCCUGCCACUGCUUAUCAUGACCAUCUGCUACACCGCCAUUAUCAUGAAGCUGCUGAGUGUCCGAAAUUUCCAGCGGCACAAGGCAUUCUGGGUGCAACUGGCUGUGGUGGUGGGUUUCGUCGCCUGUCAACUACCUUACAAUAUUGUAAUGUUUUACGACAAAACCAUCAUGUUCCAGAUGACGACUUGUGAAGCGUCCGAUGCCCUGCAGGUUGCCAAGACAGUAACGCAGACCAUCGCCUACCUACACUGCUGCCUGAGCCCAGUGCUGUACGCCUUCGGUCGGAGUGUAGUGCAGGAACCACUUCAGAAGGAUCAUCCAGGACCCGGGCCACUUCUCCAGGAUCCUGUCUGAGGUCUACGUGUCCACUCGCCGCUCGGUGGACGGAUCCAGCAACAAUGGCUCAUCUCUCACCAUUCGACGACAAUUGUUGUGGACCUGACGUUACCGGUGGUUUCAGUCCAAGGCAGCAGGUCCAAACUCAAAUCCCCAUCUUCAUUUUAAUGAACAAAAUUAAAGUUUUUAAAGGGUCCCUUUUUUUUUGAAGAUUUAUUUUGAUGAGGCAAAUAGUUUAUCAUAAUCACACAGGAAACAAGUUCAGUUUAGAUUCAGUAAAAUCAGCACAUUCAUAGAUUUUAUAACAAUAAGAGUUUUAUUUACUUUCACUUUUCAUAAGAUCACAAGGUUUGAAUUCAAAUGAAAUUAAAUCAUCAUGUUUUCAAAUAAAGUUGUCAAAAUGAAAAUAAUC